AUGAAUUUUAACUUAGAAGCUUUGAAAAGCGUCCUUCCUUCAGAGAAAAAACAGGUGCUGAAUUCCUUAGAUCUAGAAGGCGUAGCUAAGCUCAUUCGUGAUGGAAAAGUAAAAAAUAUAAUCUCCAUGGUGGGCGCAGGCAUCUCAACAUGUAAGGCUUAUAUUUCUGGAUACUUUUACUAUAUAGCCGCAGGAAUUCCUGAUUUCAGAAGUCCUUCCACUGGUAUAUAUGAUAAUCUUGAGGAAUUCGGACUAUCAGAUCCUAUGGAGGAAAAUCCCAAACCAUUUUUUGAAGUCGCCAGACGCUUGUACAGACCGAAUGCUUUACCUACAUUGGGCCAUUACUUCAUUAGGCUCCUACACGAGAAAGGCCUAUUGAAAAGGCAUUAUACCCAGAACGUCGACAAUUUGGAUAGACUAUGUGGUCUUCCAGAAGACAAAUUAGUUGAGGCACAUGGAUCCUUUAAUUCAGGUCACUGUAUAAUUUGUAAGAAAGAGUAUAGUUUUAAAUUUAUGGCGGAUAAAAUUAUUGCAAAAAACAUUCCUCUUUGCAUAGAAGAAGGCUGUAACGGCACAGUUAAACCUGAUAUUGUAUUUUUCGGCGAAAGUCUACCACGAAAAUUCCACCGACAUACCGGACCAGACUUUUCGUCAUGUGAUCUUCUUAUAAUCAUGGGAACUUCCUUGACCGUAAUGCCUUUCUGUGGCUUAAUUCAUCGUGUUGGUUCCUCAGUUCCGCGCUUGUACAUAAAUUUGUCUUACGGCGAUGGAUCAACUGGCUCCGGGUUCAUGGCAUUCCUUAUGCGGUUUUACGUGGCUGGUUUUAAACAGAGCAGUCUCCGCUGGGGUAGAUCAGACAACGUUCGUGAUGUCUAUUACAAGUCUGCCAUAGAUGAAGGCUGUUUACAACUAGCAGAUCUACUUAACUGGAAGAUCAUUUAA